UAUCCGGGACGUGCUUUCGUAGUGAGGUGUUGGCUCACUUCUAGGUUGUCCGCCGUGGGAGAAGGAUUCCCGCUCUACUCUACAACUCCAGAGGAGCACUCAACAAUAAAACUGUAUACCGAAAGGGAAAAGUUAUCGCGACUGCAGUUAAAAGUUAAAACAAGAUGUUCUUCAAUUGGGUGCAAAUAAUCGCCCUCGGGAUAGCAGUAGUGUAUGUAGAUUCCGUGCCAAGUGGAUUAGUGCAGGACGCGUCUCAAACUGAUCAAGUAAUGAGACCUAAAGUGAAGAGAGCCCAGGAGGUCCUCAUGUUCGGUAAUCAGCAGAAUCGUCGGAUUGAAAAUACAGCUGCGUCCAAUGUAUUCGCCCCCACUGCAGAGAAAAGAACUCUCGGAACAUCGGGGCUCGAAGACGUGAAAGCUGCCUUGGCAGAGGACGAGACUUUCAGUCACGCUAAACAACCCAGUGUUUCGAUUUUCGAUGGUGAAAGACUUGCACCGUACGAGAAAAAUUAUGAUUAUGGAAAAGUCAUGAUGAAUGAAGUUGGUGACGAUUUGCCGAGAAACUGGGACAUGCCACCGUACGCGAGGUACUUCGGCCUCGAUGAGGAUCGUCGUAAGCGAUCGGAAUCGAAAAAUACUGGCGUUUCAACAUCUGGCCCACCAGCACGUCCAACAACUGUAUCACCAUCAUCCACGGCUGCAUCAUCUCUGCCCAUUGUCCAGAGUUCCCCGCACUCAUUUGUUCAGGCGAAACGAAGCCUGCCUCUCUACCAGGAGCCCAGAUAUAAACGCGCCUUAGAUCGGGAGGAUCUGCUGGCACUUAUAUCUUUCUGGGAAAAUGGACCAAGACCGAGAAAUUGGAGGGGCUACGGGCACGACGAGUACGAGAAUAUCGAGGACGACAGCAAUGUGAUCGGACUGGAAGACGAGGAUCCAAGGAGUGGGUGGUUGGAGGGACCGGUUUACGCACCCCAUCGCUUCAAUCUUGCACCAGAAAUGUCUCCAUCUGACAUUGGAAUUCCCCGAACACACCCUAUAAAUUCUUACGAACAAUAUGGCAAUCAGUAUGCGGCUUACGAUAACUCACCGUAUGAAUCGACGCAGUACCGUACUAUGUAUCCUCACAACAGUUAUUAUCCUCCAGAGAAGCGCUUCAUGGUGUCACGAAAGCGAUCACAGGGAUAUGAUACCUACAACGGUCGUAGUCUCAACGAUAUUGUCAAUUUCUCACAGAUGAUGAAUUCGCAGCCUCAGGGAUAUCCGAAUCUACCCCAACGUUUAUUGUACUAAUUCUAUUGAUGAAUCUUAAUAUGGAUUAUUGUGAAUAUUGAAGACUAUCUGGUAUCUUAAUUCGACAUUUUCAUCUUCUUAUAUUUCAUUCCUCUCAAUAUUCAUUAAGAUUUAAUUGUAAUUAAAAAUUUUUACUUCUCUUUUAGCAUUGGAAAUUCAAUUUUUCGUAUUCCCUUUCAUUAGAUAGAUAAUUAAUGAUCCAAGUCGAUACAUUUUACCGUACCAGUUAGUCCCAUGAGGACGUGGGAUUGAAUUGCACCCUGACAAAAACAAUACAUCAAGAAAGUCGCAGCCUGGAUUUUUUUUUUUGUAGAAUAGUUGCGCCGCUCUGGCAGAUUUUUUUAUUGUCGAAUUGUUUUGUCGUAAAUUUUUCAUUAUAAUUGAUCUUUUCAACGCAAUUAUUUUCGACACGAAAUCAUUGUGGAGAACUAUAAAAGUUCUUAAUGUGAAAUUAGUUCUCAGUUUGAGAUAUUUUAUCUUGAUAGUUUAAAGGCGACAACUUUCUUGAUAGAAGUAAACAUAUACUUGAAAACAUUCUUUCCUUUUCAACGUGGGAAAUACGAGGGUACGAAGAGGCGUAUUUUGAAAUGCAGGACUAGAGAUAAAUAUGAAAUUAUUGUUAUUUUGGUCUGUUGGUAAAUUAUUGGUUUAUCAGUGAAGAGCUUUGUAAUAUUAGCGAUUCUCUAGCUUACCAUUGGCAUAACUAAGAAAGUAACAAAUAGGUCUCUAUUUGGCUUUUAUGAACAACUACGUACCGAAAAAUAAUGGGAGAUAUGUAAAACUCUACAACCGUGUCUACUUCCUGCUUUUAGAAGACGUAAGACGAAACUCGCUCAGUAUUUUUUUUUAUUUUUCUAUUACAUAGAAAUAAUCAUGAGAAUGUUUGUCUGACUGUCAAUUAUGUGUGAUAAUGAUUUAGCCAAAGUAAUGGAAUCACCAUGAAACUGGAGGGAUUCAUGAUUUCUUUUCACAUUUCCGAUAUUUCCUAUUGCCAAGUAUAUUUUUUAAUGCUAUGUCUUCCUUUAAAUCCAGGCUAGGUUGAUAGGAUUUAUAACUACCGGGCAAAUAGUAUACGCUAGCUCCAAUAUAUUACCUUCAUGACGAGUGAUCAAGAUUAUUUACCGACAGUAUAUGCACAACAAUGAUCGGUUUUCAAAUUUUUUCCCCCGAAAAACUUAUCAAUAUUAAUUCAACUGAUCAAUGGCCUUAAUCUUGGAAACCAAAACAUCGUAAAGCGUAAAAUUCAUAGUAUUACGGAAUAUGUGAAAAUAUAUGGAAUUGGCCAAAGGAAAAAAAAAUAUUCAAUGUUAUUGCUUUCCAUUAUUCAAGUCAAACUCUUAUGUCUAUAGUUAUUUAAUUAUUAAUAAAUUUCAUCGCUUUCAUAACUCAUUCUCGUCCGGGGAAAAAAUUCUAUUACCACAAAAAUGACAAGAUAAGAGACGCAUAUGAAUGUUGUUUCACUGUUUUAUAUCGCUGUAAUUCCAACGAGUCUUUAAAUUUUUCCUCAAUUGUAGUUGAGUGUAUAAUCAGACAAGACAGCUUUGUAUCUUUAAUUCUUCAGUGAUACCACAAGAAUCGCCUAUUUACAAGCAUGUAAAAUAUAAUUUUGCAACGCUCAAGAUAUUCUCACUCGUAAACUCCUACGAGUUACAAAAUAAUAAAAAAAAACCUAUAAAAACCGAAAAAGAGAAAAAUGUGAAAAAAAAAAGAAUUUUAACAGUACUGGAAGUCGUGAUAUGGCUUUUGCCAUCUGUGCUGUGUGUGAUGAUCACUUGGCUGAAAUAAUUAUUAUAUAUUUAUAAAACCGUAUUUAAUGUAUCAUUAUUAAAGUUAAUUGAACAAAAUGAGGUGCUAACUCGAUGGCAGUUGCCGAUUUUCUCUGAAUCGCAAUUUCACGCCAACUGCUUGCUGGUCAUUUUACUCGCGUGUCGUGUGACUGAUAUUAUGUAUAAUUGUUAAAUUUAUUAUAUGUCGAUAUGCGAAACAAAAGAAGACUUACCGUGGAAAAAUAUGCAAAAAUGAAGGAAAAUAUUGGUACAUUCGAGGGUUACGGAGAAGGCACGUUGAAUAUCGAUUGUGUAUAAAUCUAUAAAUGGAUAAAUAAUGGAGGCAAAAAUUUCAAUAUUCAGGAAAAUUACGAGACGGUUCCAUGAAAUGUCCUAGAAAAAUAUUUCGGGCAGAAAUUAGGGAGGAGAUUGCUAACUUUAAUGGAAUAUUUUUUUCCGUGUAGUCGUCUCCCCUUAAAAGUGUAUGGUGCAGUGUAAUUCGAUUGGCAGUUUCGCUAUUGAGUGUCAUAUGUAUACGGCCGAAUUAACAAAGCGCAAAUUAUUAUAAAUUAAAAAAUAUAUUUGUUUAUUCAUCUUAUCCAAGUAAAGGGAUAAGUAAUAAUACAGAUUAUACUAGACGUAUGUAAGUCAGUGUGCUCUAUGAAUUAAAUGUGAAGCACUGAAACUUGAUUUAUGUUACCAUUGGUAAUCGACAAUUCGUUUACACUUUUAUGCAUGGAAUUGGAAAAUUAUGAGUAAGAUUAUUUUUUGCAAAUUUAUGUCCAAUUAGACAAUUGCCGACUGCGCUAUCAACAUUGUUGAGUGAAAAUAUUGAAGAAUCGAUUGUUUAGGUGAGAGAUUAAUCAAACGAAGCAAUGACAAGUCUAUUGCUUCUAAUCACAGUUCGAUAAACAAUUACCCAACGUAAUGGAAAUUUUCGUGAGACGAUAUUGACGAUGGAAAAUAUGCAGUGAAUAUUGAACAAAUAAUUUCCCGACUGCACUGAUACGUCUAAAAUUUUCAAUUGAUGAAUAAUGAAAAAUGAAUAAAUAAAAAACAUACGAUACUAAUACUAUUUUCAAAGUAGGUUUGAAUAAUAUUUUUUUAAUAGAUCACCGAAUCUCUUAUGAGGGAGAAUUCUGAUGUAUAAAGUGUGAAUUUAUUUAUCUACAAAAUUCUGUCGAAUUAUAUUUUUUUAAUGGAGUGUAGAUCAAUACUAGAAAUCGCUGUAUGCACGUGCAAAAGCUAUGUACUUUUUGUUCCCUUACGAUUAUGGAAAUGGCUGGUUUUCGUAAAUUCGUUGGAAUUGUCGGUGCACAUUAAUCUGACUCGUGACAUAUCAGCUUCGCAAUGAGUCAAUUUUUUUCCAAAAUAAUCAAUAAGAAUUUAAAGACAGAUGUAAAAAUGCCAGUCUCGUCUUUUAUAGUCAUGUGUUUAUGUUGGAUUACGUUAUGAACACUUGUGUAGUAUCAAGGGCGUGAACAAUUGAGUUUUUCUUUGCAGCACUUUCAUUAAUAAAAUGUGAAAAUUAUUACUAUCGAGUGUGCAAUCGUAGGCUUGAUGGAUAUCAUUUUGGUGUUAUAAUUGAGUUGUAAAAUAAGCGACUCGGCUAAAUGUGAAUUAAAUAUUGAAAAUAAAUGUUACGCGGAUGAAAAAUCAAUGAGAAGGUGUUGGAAGACUUAGAUUGCGGAAAAUACUUUAUGAGUUUGUCAAUAAGGAUAUGGAAUCCAUCGUUUUUAAUGACCAACUGAGGAUUAAUUGGUUGUUUCGCAGGUAGAAUUUCCGAAUGAAAAAAUCAGAAAAUUCAGAGAAUUCUUUUUUGCUCGAGUAUCAUUAUAACAAUUGUAAAUUAUUGUGGAGUGCGUGAAGAGAAGAAUAAUAAAUGAUUAUAUUCUAUCUGUGCA